AUGAAUGCGAUAGUGGAAGCUUUAGCCUUCUUCUUGGGGUUUCUGGGCUGGCUAAUGGUCGGGAUCGCCCUUCCGAACCGAUACUGGAGAGUCUCAUCAGUGGACGGAAACGUUAUCACCACAUCCACCAUCUAUGAAAACCUGUGGAUGUCCUGUGCGACUGACUCGACGGGAGUUCACAACUGCCGGGACUUUCCAUCUUUGCUCGCACUUAGUGGGUACAUUCAGGCCUCCCGGGCGCUCAUGAUCGCUUCCAUUGUGUUUGGGACAUUUGGGCUCGUGGCUACUCUUGUGGGAAUGAAAUGCUCCAAAAUAGGGGGAGAAAACUACCUCCUGAAGGGGAGGGUCGCUGCGAUUGGAGGAGCAUUUUUCCUGCUACAGGGGAUUUGCACCAUGAUUGCUAUAUCUUGGUAUGCAGCCAACAUCACACAGCAGUUCUUUGACCAGUUUUAUCCGGGGACAAAGUAUGAGAUUGGAGAGGGUUUGUACAUCGGCUGGUCUUCAGGCACACUCGCCAUCUGUGGAGGUUCGUGCUUGUUGUGCGCUUGCAAAAUCACCAAACCCAGUGAAAAAAUACCAUAUCCAUACCAACCGUCCUCCAGAGGACACGUGCUGUCCACUGUGGGGACGUCGCAGACCGCCCCGAGCAACUACGGAAGAAAUGCGUACGUGUGAGAGGUGAUGGUGCAGAAGGGAAACACGUCUGGCUUGGAGUCAAUUUACAAGU